UGCAAAUAUCAUCGGCCUAAUCAAUAUAAGGACUUUGAAUUUUUUCUUCCCAUUCUUAAAGACUUUUUUUCUCUUAUCAAAGGGGAAAUCUUGUAUAGGAGGCAUUGGUUCUCCAUGGGAGAAGCCCCAGCAUUCUGUGUUGACAAUCCACAAAAUGGAUUUUCAAAUGGAUUUGGUUUAAAAUCCAAAGGCUUUGGGACCUUGACAGAUGUUGCUGACAAAAGAUUCGUGAUUGGUGGGGCAAACAAUGAUUCCAUAUCAUCUAUUGGGGUUCAGAUUUAUGACAAAUCUAAAGAGAAAUGGGUGAUUCCUACAGUUCUAGGAGCUAAACCAAAGCCAUGUAAAGGCCAUUCGGCCAUUCUUUUGAAUGAAGAUCGAAUAAUGAUUAUUAUUAAGGGUUCCACCCCAGAUGACUGCAUUUGGUUUCUUGAGGUGGACACCAAGUAUGUAAAGGAACAGAAAAAAGUUUUGGGGACUGAAGUUGUUGCCUGGAGUAAGGGUGUGAGAGGUGAUGCUGAGAAGCCAGUUGUUAUCAGUGGUCCUUCUGGAGUUGGUAAGGGGACAUUAAUAAACAUGCUUAUGAAGGAAUUUCCAUCCAUGUUUGGAUUCUCUGUCAGCCACACAACCCGUGCACCAAGGGGCAUGGAAAAGAAUGGAGUUCAUUACCACUUUACUGAGCGAACUGUAAUGGAGAAAGAUAUAAAGGAUGGGAAAUUCCUUGAGUUUGCUUCUGUUCAUGGAAAUCUCUAUGGAACCAGUAUUGAAGCGGUUGAGGCAGUAGCAGACUCUGGAAAGAGGUGCAUUCUUGACAUCGAUGUUCAAGGAGCAAGGUCCAUUACGGCCAGGUCUCUUGAUGCCAUUUUCAUCUUUAUCUGUCCCCCUUCAAUGAGGGAGCUUGAAAAGCGGCUCCGUGCAAGGGGGACUGAAACAGAGGAGCAAAUCCUAAAGCGCCUCCGGAAUGCUGAGGCAGAAAUUGAGCAAGGAAAAUCCUCCGACAUCUUUGAUCAUAUAUUAGAUAAUGCUAAUCUUGAGGAGUGUUACAAUAAUCUUAAGAAACUCCUGGGGCUAGAUGGAACUGCACCAACAAAUCAUAAACCAUCACCCAAAGGGAUUGAUCUGCCUUUGAACCAUUCAGUGUCGAAAAUGGAUAAGAAGAUCCUCAUUAAUUGUGAGACGCCAGAAUUGGGAAAAGCAUCAAAGAAGUUGAUUGUACUGGAUGUGUCCUCACUUAAAGGUGGAUUUCCUGGACGGACAAGAGGACUAAACGUCUAUGCCAUUGAUUCAUUUUCAGAUAGCUUAAAUGGGACUCACAAACUGAGCUAACGACUGCAACCCUAUUGAUAUUAACAUGGUUUUCAACUUUUCCAUAUAACUCGAGCGGAACAAUAUAUGAUAAAGCUCUCCUUGUCUUCAAAGAUCAUUUGCAUGAGUUGGAUUUUCUUUUUCACUCAAUUCUUUGCUUAUUUAUGAACCAAAAUGUAGUAUUUCAACAAUUACUAUUCCCACAUGGGCAAUGAGAGAGAAUUCAUCAUUUGUGCGGCAAUUGAAAGCUUGUAUACAAUGAAUGACCUAUUAUUAGAAAGUGAUUUUGGGUCAAUUCUUAAUUUCCUUUGUCUCAAUAGAAAGUGAUUUUGGGUUUGAGUCCUUGAAGAUCAAUCUUGCAAACGCCAUUCAUAUAAAUUAUGUACAAUAGAUCUUUGUCUUAAGCCUCAGAUCUUGCAUUGGCCUUGGCAAUUGAAUUAACCUAUUUUAUUUAUCAUGAAUUUUUCUGUGUCCAAAGAAAAUGCAUAUUUGUCUGGUUAAUAGUGACGAGAUUGAAAAAUAUGAUGAUUGUGAUGAGAUUAAUAGUUUAACAGUGAGAUUGAAACUAAUUGAUGAUCUCGGAAGUCUUUGAAAGCAUAGUGACAUUUGGUUACAUAUGCUGCAUAUUCCCUCUUCCUGGAAUAUAUACUUUUGAUCUGUUUGAAAGACCAUGAAUGUGUUCUUUACUAU